GAGUGGGUAUUAGAACUGGUGGUGACCAACUUAGUCCUCCUCAAAGCCACAUUACCUUCCUUCUUCUCUCUUUUCCUGAUCCAAAGAACCAGACAUUAUCUCAACCCCAAGAAGGAAGAAGACAUGGCUUACGAGGACGCCAUUGCCGGACUUUCGAAGCUUCUGAGUGAAAAAGCUGACCUCGGAGACGUCGCCGCUGCUAAGAUCAAGCAGAUAACGGCGGAGUUGGAGAAGGCCGGGUCGGAUCAGUUUGACCCGGUAGAGAAGCUCAAAAGUGGAUUCUUCCACUUCAAGAGUGAGAAGUUCGAGAAGGAUGCCGACUUAUACAGCAAGCUGGCCACCGGCCAAAGCCCCAAGUUUCUGGUAUUUGCAUGCUCAGAUUCUCGAGUCUGCCCAUCGCACAUCCUCAAUUUUCAACCCGGGGAGGCUUUCGUGGUCCGGAACAUCGCCAACAUGGUUCCUCCGUUUGACACGACAAAGUACCCGGGAGUGGGGGCGGCCAUCGAAUACGCAGUAUUGCAUCUCAAGGUGGAGAAUAUUGUGGUGAUCGGGCACAGCUGCUGCGGUGGUAUAAAGGGGCUCAUGUCGAUCCCGGAUGAUGGGACCACCGCAAGUGAUUUCAUUGAGAAUUGGGUCAAUAUCUGUGCACCGGCAAAGACCAAGGUUAAAUCAGUCUGCGGUCACUUGGAUUUUGCAGGACAGUGCUCCAACUUGGAGAAGGAGGCUGUGAAUGUAUCACUUGGGAACUUAUUGACAUACCCGUUUGUUAGAGAGGCAGUGGUGAACAAUACUCUGGCUCUGAAGGGUGGACACUAUGAUUUUGUCAACGGCGGUUUCGAGCUUUGGGAUCUUGAUUUCAACAUUACACCCAAUCUUUCUCUAUGAGCAUCUGAUAUGGCUGUGAUUCCUCCCAUUUUCAUUCCAUUAUAAAUUUAUAAUUUACCCCCUUUUCUUAGAAUUACAUUUUGGCAAAAUAAUAGUCCUGUUAAGGCUUGUGUCGUAAGAAAAUAAUGUAGUUCGGCAAGUUUCCCAUUCCCCUUAUGUAAAGUCUCUCUAUUCUGUAUGUGGUUAUCUUCCUAGCUUCAAGUGUGCAUGAUCAGAAGCAUCGAACAAUCUCUAUUCUGUAUACAUAAUUCAACAGAGCUUGAAGACUUGAAGGCAA